AUGAUUUCACAAAUAAAAUAUCCACAACGUCAACAGCAAUCAGCACCGUAUUAUCAUUUGAUGGCUCUACAAACAAAAUACCGACAACGUCAACAGCAAUCAACACUACACCUUCAUCUAAUGGUUCUACUAACCAAAUACCGGCAAUAUCAACCGAAAUCAAUGCCGUAUUUUCAUUCGAUCAUUCUACAGACAAAAUAUCGACAACAUCAACACCAAUCAACACCACAAUUUUAUUUGAUGAUGUCACAAAUGAAAUAUCGACAAUGUCAACAACAAUCAACACCACAUCUUCAUUUGAUGGUUCCACAAAUAAAAUACCGGCAACGUCAACAGAAAUCAAUACCAUAUUUUCAUUGGAUGAUUCCACAGACAAAAUAUCCACAACGUCAACAGCAAUCAGCACCGGAUUAUCAUUUGAUGGCUCUACAAACAAAAUACCGACAACGUCAACAACAAUCAGUACCGUAUUACCAUUUGAUGGCUCUACAAACAAAAUACCGGCAAUACCAACAGAAAUCAAUACCAUAUUUUCAUUCAAUGAUUCUACAGACAAAAUAUCGACAACAUCAACAACAAUCAGCCUCACAUCUUCAUUUGAUGGUUCUACACACAAAAUACCGACAAUGUCAACAGAAAUCAAUAGCGUAUCUUCAUUCGAUGAUUCUACAGACAAAAUAUCGACAAUAUCAACAGCAAUCAACAUCAUAA